CAGAAGAGAUGGAGCUGGACAGAGCUGUGAGGGUCCUGGGCCCUGCCACCCUGCUGCUCACUUUCCUGGGCUUGGCCUGGGCUGUCCAGGCGGCAGACACCUGUCCAGAGGUGAAGGUGGUGGGCCUGGAGGGCUCUGACAAGCUCACCAUUCUCCGAGGCUGCCCGGGGCUGCCCGGGGCCCCUGGGCCCAAGGGAGAGGCAGGCACCAAUGGAAAGAGAGGAGAACGCGGCCCCCCUGGACCUCCUGGGAAGGCAGGACCACCUGGGUCCAAGGGAGCACCUGGGGAGCCCCAGCCAUGCCUGACAGGCCCACGCACCUGCAAGGACCUGCUAGACCGAGGGCACUUCCUGAGCGGCUGGCACACCAUCUACCUGCCUGACUGCCGGCCCCUGACUGUGCUCUGUGACAUGGACACGGACGGAGGACUCGAGCUCCGUGUAGACCUGGUGGACUUUGAGGACAACCACCAGUUUGCUAAGUACAGAUCAUUCAAGGUGGCCGACGAGAAGGAGAAGUACAAUCUGGUCCUGGGGGCCUUUGUGGAGGGCAGUGCGGGUGAUUCCCUGACAUCCCACAACAACCACUCCUUCUCCACCAAAGACCAGGACAACGACCUUAACACCGGAAAUUGUGCUGUGAUAUAUCAGGGAGCUUGGUGGUACAGAACCUGCCAUGUAUCAAACCUGAAUGGUCGCUACCUCAGGGGGGCUCAUGACAGCUUUGCAAAUGGCAUCAACUGGAAGUCAGGGAAAGGAUACAAUUACAGCUACAAGGUGUCAGAGAUGAAGGUGCGACCUGCCUAG